UCAACCCGGACUUGUUUUGGUGUAACACACAACACCCGUGUGCGACAUGCCAUCAUCAACRCAAACCUUACUUGCUCCUUUAAACGUGAUUUGCGCUGAAGGCAGACUCUCCUGAAACGCACCCAGCUGCUUCUGAAUCAUGAGUGGCUCAAAGCCGGACAUCCUGUGGUCCCCCCACCACCCGGACCUCUACGUCAUCUGUGACUCUGAGCUGGGCCUGUAUCGAAUCGGACCUGUGGGCGGCACAGAAACGAAGCCCGGCACUCUGUCGCUCUCUAAAGAAACCGCUGCUACUUUACUGGCCAUAAACUCUGACACCCCUUAUAUGAAAUGUGUGGCCUGGUACCCGAAGCACGAGCCCGAGUGUUUACUCGCUGUGGGACAAGCUAAYGGCAGAGUCGUGCUCACCAGUUUGGGUCAGAACCACAACUCCACGUGUAAAGAGCUGGUGGGGAAAGAGUUUGUGCCCAAACACGCCCGUCAGUGCAACACUUUAGCCUGGAACCCCGUGGACAGCAACCUACUGGCUGCUGGUUUGGACAAGCACCGGGCAGACUUCUCUGUUCUUAUUUGGGACAUCAGCAGCAAGUUUGCCCCGGAGACCAGCGUGGCAGCGGAGAAAAUCCGGCUCUCGUUUGUGGAUUUGGACUCGAGCUCGGUGGUGACCAAGCCGCUGUAUGAGUUGGGCCAGAACGACGCGUGCCUCUCCCUCUGCUGGCUGCUUCGGGACCCAAAGCUGCUCUUGGCYGGCAUGCACCGAAACCUCGCAAUAUUUGACCUGAGAAACACGAGCCAGAAGAUGUUUGUCAACACCAAGGCCAUCCAGGGCGUGACGGUGGACCCGCACUUCCACGAUCGCGUGGCCUCCUUCUUCGAGGGCCAGGUGGCCAUUUGGGACCUGAGGAAGUUCGAGAAGCCUGUGCUCACGCUCACAGAGCAGCCCAAACCGCUCAUUAAGGUGGCGUGGUGUCCAACUCGUACCGGACUUCUGGCCACCCUGACCCGAGACAGCAACAUCAUCCGUCUGUACGACAUGCAGCACACGCCCACGCCCAUCGGCGACGAGACGGAGCCCACCAUCAUCGAGCGAAGCGUGCAGCCCUGCGAGAGCCAGAUCGGCAGCUUCGCCUGGCACCCGUCCUCCCAGAACCGCAUGGUGGUGGUGUCGGCCUCCAACCGGGUCAUGACCGACUUCACCGUGUUCGAGCGCGUCUCUCUGGCCUGGAGCUCCACCACGUCGCUCACGUGGGCGUGCGGCCGGCACUUGUACGACUGCGUCGAGGAUUCGACCGGGGGAACCGAGGGCGCCGCCGAGACRGACAUCGCCACCAAGAUGAGGGAGCGGGCUCAGUCCAGGUACGGACACGAUACGGUCCAGGUGUGGAGGAACCACCUGCUGGCGGGGGGGACCGACCCUCAGCUCAAGUCGUUAUGGUUCGACCUCUUUUAUAUGAAGCAGUGUGCAGAGGACCAGGAGCUGAAGCUGCAGGGCAACAAACAGUCUGUGGUUUAUUCUGGCAUCAAGAACAUCAUCAAGACCAGCUCAGGCACGACUGAGAGCCGCAGGUGCUGGAGCGGUUCGGACCGCCAGGCGGACGUGCCGCGCUUCUACAGCGAGGAGCGCUGCCUCGCCCUGCGGCUCUGCGGCUGGAUCAGCCGCGGUCCCGACAUCAACGUGGAGACCUUCCUGCGUUCCCUGGAGCACGAGCGCGAGUGGGAGCGGGCGGCCGCCAUCGCUCUCUUCAACCUGGACAUCCGCCGGGCCAUCCAGAUCCUCAACAAGGGAGCCAUGGCUGAGAACGGCGACCUGAACCUGAACGUGGUUGCCAUGGCGCUGUCGGGCUACACCGACGAGAAGUCAUCCCUGUGGCGGGAGAUGUGCAGCUCUCUGAGGCUGCAGCUGAAGAACCCCUACCUCUGCGUCAUGUUUGCCUUUCUCACCAGCGAGGCCGGAGCCUACGACGGCGUACUGUAUGAGAGCAGUGUAGCUGUGCGAGACAGAGUGGCCUUCGCCUGCAUGUUCCUCGGUGAUGCACAGCUGCCGCGUUACAUCGACAAGCUUACCAACGACAUGAAGGAGGCGGGAAACCUGGAGGGCAUCCUGCUGACGGGGCUGACGAAAGACGGGGUGGACCUGAUGGAGAGCUACGUGGACCGGACCGCAGACGUGCAGACGGCCAGCUUCUGCAUGCUGAAGGGCUCCCCGGGCGAGGUGCUGAAAGACCCUCGGGUCCAGUGCUGGAUCGAAAACUACCGGAACCUGCUGGAUGCCUGGCGGUUCUGGCACAAACGGGCCGAGUUCGACAUCCUCAGAGGCAAGAUGGACCCCAGCUCCAAACCUCUGGCACAGGUGUUUGUGAGCUGCAACUUCUGCGGGAAGUCCAUCUCCUACAGCUGCUCGGCCAUACCUCACCAGGGCCGAGGCUUCAGUCAGUACGGGGUCAGCGGCUCGCCCACCAAGUCCAAAGUCACCAGCUGUCCCGGCUGCAGGAAGCCGCUGCCCCGCUGCGCCCUCUGCCUCAUGAACAUGGGCACACCUGUCUCCGGCUGCUCAGGAACGGGAAAGUCGGAUGAGAAAGUGGACCUGACAAGGGAGAACAAACUGGCCCAGUUCAAGAACUGGUUCACCUGGUGUCACAACUGUCGGCACGGGGGCCACGCUGGCCACAUGCUCAGCUGGUUCAGAGACCACACAGAGUGCCCGGUGUCGGCCUGUACGUGUAAAUGUAUGCAGCUGGACACCACGGGGAACCUGGUGCCUGCAGACAGCAGCUAAACAGGAGCUGACGCGUGUUGGGAACCCAAGCCAAAACACGAGCCAGAAGCUAAACGAGGCCGACCGCCGAGAGGAGCGCCGGCCGCGUCCCUCCCUCCGAAUCGGCUGCUUGAAAAAGAAACAAGCGCUGCUGAGUGAUGAUCUAGUGGACGUCGUGUACUAACCGUGAACGAAGAAGGGAAGCAGAGCGAGCCGGUGAAGUGAAAUCCAAAAGGGAGCUAACGCUAAUUUACUGCUCAGCUAAUAAAAACAAAAUCACUCAGGAGAAUUUACACGAGGCUCUGCUGCAGCCUAGUUCAACUUGAAUCAGGAUAGUUAUAAUUUGUACACUUAUAAGGAUGAUGAGGUGUAAUCACAGGUGUCUGAAGUGAGUUUUUUUUAGUUAUUUCAUGUCUUCAAUGGGAAAAGUCUUUACAUACCUCAUAAAAAUUCAGUUUGGUGUCUGUGUGUGAGGGGGGCGGACUGGGUGACAGUAAGAACAAUCUCAAGCUCUCCUUGUGUUGCCACUCCUCGGCUGUCUUUGUGUGGGAGGGGGUGGUUUUAGGGGGGAGAGGGAGGGAGGGUGCGCAUGCAUUCAGCAGCCCACUCCAGGSCUGUGGUCCGUGAAAGAAGCUCCCCAGAAAACGGCAGCUGCUCGGCACUCUGACAAGACCCUCCAGAUUGUUCUGCUCAUAAAGACCCUCAGCUGCCGGAACACUAUUGAUUCAAAGAGAGGACGAGAAAACAGACAGCCUGAGCCCCCGCCUUCCUCCCACCGUACCACCUCCAGAUAUGAAAACUGCCCCUCUCUUUUAUUUCUACCCCCCACCGGUGUCUUAACCCCCCCUCCCCAGUACCACACAUCAAUCCAAGGAUGGGCGCCAUCUGUGGGGUAACUGUCCCGUGUAAAACACAUUGUAAACGUUGUUUACAAUGGUGUGUGUGUGUGUGUGUGUGUGUGUGUGUGUGUGUGUGUGUGUGUGUGUGUGUGUGUGUGUGUGUAGCAGGAUCUCAUCCCGGUGUGGGAGGUUUUACAGACCCACGUGCCCUUUUUAGGAGCUGACAAAUGAUUGAGCUGUGUAGCGUCCAGAAUUUACUUUUACUGUUUCUUGUGGGGGUUUUUUUUUUUUUUUUGCCUUUGAAAAUAAAUCACUGACGAAUUGGA